AUGGAUGGUCGAUAUUUUCAAGGCGAAGAAAUGAAUUUGUCCAGAGCGGAUAUCGACGUUAUGUUGCCCGCUCUCGAGAACUCAACUAAGAAAAAAUUCAACAAUUCUUUUUCUGCGGAACAGAGAAAGUAUGAGAAUUUGGAAAGGCAAAUUCAACGCGAACGUAAGGAUGUAAGCCAGCGACUAAUGUUGGAGAGAAAGGAUUUCAUGCGUAGUAAUCUAAUUUUAAAGGAACGAAUGAAACUCUCUUCGAGAAGAACUUCUACAAAAACAGAAAGACACGUUGAAAAACCCGUCGUGGAAGAGAAAGGGCACCCUGCUGAAAAGCGGCAAAAACAGUCGACCGUUUAUGCGGAGGAGAAAACUCAAUUACCUCGUUCGCCAUAUUAUUUUCCACCUCUAUACAAAAACGUCGAGAAGGGCUUGAGAGAAAUACACACAAGUCAAGCACAGAUGGACUUGGCAAAAAAAGAACCUGUAAACACUGAGACUAUUAAAAACUGCAGAUAUUUGCGGUUAAGCUCGGCGCAGCAGCGGCAAUUACAAAGCAACAAUUCUGUCCUCGAAUCUGAUGCUGAGGAGAGUUUACCGGCUGUUGACGGCUUCUUUAAUGACGAUCGUCCUUGUUGAAAUACAAACAUCUCUAUUCACGAUUAAUUGCAUAAGCUCUGAACCUAUCUGUUGGUUUGAUAAGAUAAACGUUCGAGUCCGGCCUCGGGAAAUAUUUUUAAUUAAUAGACUGAAGUCGCCAAUAUUCACUGAUAUACAAAAAGAAAAUGGAGCAUCAGCUGUUUGCAGUGGUUGACAUGUAUCAAUUAAUUUUUAACAUUAAACGUUCCUAUUAACCUAAGCUGGGGUAUUUUUUAGACCUUUUACUAUGAAAUUCAAGAAAAAAGUGAAAAAUUUCUUUUCGUAAUAUUCUGAAAAAAGCAACUAGUACCAUUCAAAGUGCUGCUCUUGUUGGAUUGUUAGAUUUUAUAUAUUUAGUAAAAUCAGAAAUUCAUAAGGGAUUGUUCAACCCCUUAUAAGUUUCUGGUAGAAUCCAACCAGUGGUCUAUUAUCAAUGCUGCGUUCUGAUUGGUUGAGCUUCUGCUAGGCUAUAUGUUAUAGCCCACUGGAAGCGAAAAGUGCUGGCUUCGAAAACCAAAACAAUGGCGCCUGAAUCGCGCUUUGCUAGCUACAGUUGUUUUGUCUCGAUAUUUUUGACCAAGUAGUUUGAUUUUACUAAAACAAUUAUUCCUCUCGCCGUCAUGGCCUCUUGAGUCAAUAGCCCGUUUGGCCUUCGGCCUCAUGGCCUAUUGACUCAUAGCCCAUUCGGGCUCUAGGGAUAAUUGUUAAAUAUGUAUAGGCAUGUAGACAUUGCAGGGUGCAAAGACAGUCACUUUUACCGCCUGCCAUUCAGGCAAGCUGAAGCUAACAUUUACUGGCCCAAACAUCAUUUCAACUAGCCCCAAAACGUUUUGAUGAGCAGAUUGAUUUCAUAAUUCUUCGGUAAUUUGGCCGGGUCAAAAAACUUCACUUGCCCGUCGGGCAAGUUGAUGACAGAAUUCACUAGCCCGAUAGCAAAAUCCACUAGCCCCGGGCUAUCAGACACUACCUUCUUUGCACUCUACAUUGACGCGUGCUGCUUUGAGCACGCGCUACAAUAAUAAAAUUUUAAUGAGUUAACUGCUACAUUGAUCGCUUUGAUAAUGUCAUAAAACAAUUAGUUCAUACUUCAACUGGGCGUAUGUCGAGAUACUGAGCACUUGGGACGUUUGGAGAGCACUCAAGAAGCUAGAGUUGCUCUGUGCUGCGCCUCGAGCAACUCUUAAGGUGGUUUUCCAUUGUCGCGUACUUUUUCCCUACCUACACACGUAAAUUUUACGCGCGUAAAUGAAAUGUAUGGAAGGUCACGCGUACACGUUAAAGUUGAACGUCGUGUAAAUUUUACGCGCGUAAAUAUAAUGUAUGGAAGGUCACGCCUACACGUUAAAGUUGAACGUCGCGUAACUUUUAAGUUUACGCGUGCCCUUCCAUACAUUGCGUCUAUUAUAUUUACGUGUGUACGCACGGAAAAAUACGCGACAGCUGAAAUCCACUCUAACGCCUCUUUCGUACUCUCCAAACUUCCCGCGUGCUCAAUAUCUCAACAUACGCACGCUGAAGUAUGAAAUUUUUGUACUUUUGUUUUUCACUUCGUAUUUGUCGUUUUUGCAUUUUCAAGUUAUUUUAAAUUUCUCUUCAAGUUCAUCUAUAAAAUUGCUGUGAGUCUGCAAAGUGUUAGUGAUUAAGCAUAUUUUUUUUCGUCCAAAAAUAUAUUACUGGCCCACUUGCUUUUAACCAUAGGAAAGAACUCAGAUGUCUAUAAAUGAACCUAAACAACAACUGGCUUGUUUAAAAUGAGAAUCUAAUGAGCAGUCUAUUUCUGAUCUGAAUUUCUGAUCCGCUAAAAUAAUUAGGAUUUGCUAUUGUUUUUAACAUGCCGUGGCAUGGUUGAUUGCGAAAUUAUUUUGCUAUACACUGGUCAUUGUUGAUAAAAUUUCAACAGGAACUGAAGUAUAAGCUGUUGUAAUGCAGCCAAUAAUUGCUAUUUACAUGUAAGACGUUGUCAAUCUGGUUGUAUUUUACUUUAAAGGAACUAGGUACACUUUUCAUGUAAUUCAAUAUAAAUGUUGUGCCGUUUUUUGCAUCAUUUUAGUUCGAGUUCUUUUGUUAAUUUGUCCGAGGGGUGUGAAGUUGUUGAGUUGCUCUUGCGCAGUUUGUAUUUAAACUGGCAUUUUAAAAAACGAUAUGGAAAAUGAAUAUAGGCUCUCACAGAGCAGCUGUUGGUAAUCGAGCCUAGAAUGAAUAUUGUAAUUCGUAAACAUUUUCAUUAACAAAUUUGUCUCAGAGAAACAUUAAUAAGAGAUAUUAACAGGAUUUUCAAAGCCGGACUUUCUCGGUUAGUGUUUAUGGGUUAUUUGUUCUUAGUGACUUCCAUUCUUUAAUUCUAAUCAUUUUUAAUUUCCUUCCUUUAGUAUGAACAAAUUACCUCAGCAUGCAGAUUACGGAAAUAUGUUUAAGUCGCUUACAGGGUUUUUUGCUAUCUGGUUUACUAAAUUGACUUAGCUCUAAAUGAAAUAGUUUUUAUUUAUCAAAUCAUAUCGACAAAACGGACGGGCGGAAGAGCGAACUAAACAGGGAAGCAAACAAAACAGUUCCUAUUGCGAAUUUCGAAUCAGAUUUAAUUUAACGAUAAAUGUUUUUUAACAGAGUAUUUUCGUUUACAAUAUUUCAUUAUUAAUGAAGUCUAUUUACAGGAUAAACCUUAAACAUCUUUCUGUACAAAACAGAAGGGAUUAAUUCUCUUGUUUGUGGUCGCCGAUGUAUACAAAUAAUUGGAUAAAAAUAUUAAAUUAAAUGAAAUUAUAAGGCAGCUAUAAAACACUUUGGCAGCUGGUUUUCCUGCGUCGUAUUUAAUUUCCGACGUGCUCGCGUCUCAAGGUCUUUUAAUCCACCGUAAAACACACUAUUAAAACGAGGUAAGACCGAAAUGUUUUAUCUGUACAGGCUAUAAUCUUUUUGUGAUUUAUAUUUCGUCGGUAUCGUAAUUAGAUUCAAUGAAAUUAUUUCUCUAGAACCUCGAUAACUCGAACUCGGAUGACUCGCAUUCCCCGCUAACUCGAACUGUCUUUCGUUUCUAUUCAGAGUUCGAGUUACCGGGGUUCUAUUGUGGUGACGGUAGUUGACGUGUUCACUCAGCGCUGAAAUCCUAUCUCCUUAUAACACAACCGUCUCCCCUACUCAGCUGAAACUGAAUACAACAUCUCGUAGCCGCUCAUCGAAUAUCACUUUUUUAUCUCAACGUAGUUUCUAGUACUGAAUUUCUUCCAGUUAAGUCUCAACUCUAAUGAAUAUUCCUGGUGGAGUCUUUAAUGUAAUCAUUGAGAAUACAGUAAAACCGCGGUAACUCGAACUCUGAAGCGAAACGAAAAACAGUUCGAGUUAGCUGGGAAUUCGAGGUAUCGGGGUAAAUUUCAGUGAAAUUUUGAACAAGGGAAAGAAAAUUUAGUUCGAGUUAGCGGGGAAUUCGAGUUAUCCGAGUUCGAGUUAUCGAGGCUACUGUAGUAUAAAAGCUACUCAUUCAGGUUAUCCACCAAUAGUUUUAUUUAUAUUGUACCCGUUGACCACAUUUAUUUGCACGGCCCGAACAAACACGCAAAGGUUUUCACUAAUUAUACGAAAUUAUUUUCAUUAAUUAUUUUCACUAAUUAUACGAAAUCAAAGCAAAUUACACUUUCGUUAACGAUGAUCCACUUGCUUCCAUCUCGAUAAUCAUGCAUUUUAUCGCCAAAUUAUAUGUUCCGCUUUUUUCUCUUUUCUGUUUUAGUCGAAAACAGGCAGGAAUUUUUUGUUUUUAAUAGCGAAAUCAAGGUAAAGUAAGUUUUCGCGGGAGCUAAAUUCGUGAUCCCUUAAAGUCGCAAGAGUGAUCAACAUUAAAUUUCUCCAAACAUAUGGAUACGCAAUCAAGUAGAAAGGUUAUGAGAAUUAGAAAAUGAUCUUCAAGAGAAAAAUCUCUUGAUCUUUUAAUUGAUUUUCUCAACUUAUUUUUCAAGGAAAUGUAUGGAGAUGAUUGUGAAGAAUUUGAAUGUGGAUAUUGGGAUUAAACUUAACGAUAAUCAUCUUCCAUCAUAAUAUUCUUGCACUUUGUCACCAAAUUACGACGUUCUGCCUUGCUCUGUUUUCUGUUUUUAACGAGUUUUGUUGCAUUUGACAUUGUAGCGUGUUAUAAAAAUGGAAUAUGGGCAGGCAAUAGUUUCAUUUAACACUGAUCAGAAUCUAAAUUCUCCCGAUAAUAUCUCUGCCUCUUUACUUCAAGGUCAUCACAGUAAAAACAGUGAUAAUCGAAAAUAAUAUACGCUCAGUGAUCAAACGAUAUCUCCUCAUCAGUGCCAUGUCAAUUGUAUGAAAAAAGUAUGGAGAAUUUGCAUGCUAGUACCAAGUCUCAGAUGUGAGUCAACGCUCCUUGCUAUUUAUAACGUGAUGAUGUGUGCUUUCACGUUCACGAAAGACGUGACAAGGAAGUUUGCUUUAUCAUCAUUCUCCAAUAUGUUAGCAAUCGUGUGAAGAUCUCUUAGGUUUGACAUGACUGAACGUGAUCAUUAAGCUCUAUUUCGAAUCACGUGUACGGGCAAAUGGAAAUCUCGUCAGAUUCAUAUUGAUAAUUUAGUAAUUACAAUAUAAGCGGGAAAUUACUUUGCAGAAUACUAAAUUCAGUUCUUAUAGAUGGACUACGUGACAUGAAACUUCCUAUUUUCACGGUGUGAAUCCGAUAUGAUAAAUAGUAAAUGAUCAUAAGCGAAAACUUGGUCACGUUCUACAGAUUAAAGUUGGUCCUUUCCCUGUAACCUGAUUUUGAAUCAUUCUAUUGUUAGCGUGAAAUUUUACGGUUAUCCGAGAGGAUAAUACUCUUCGUCCCUCAUGGUGUAGGCUGUUAAAUGUCUUGAUUGUUAAACAAAUUCUCCUCGUAAGUACCAUAGGAAAUAUAGGGAAAACGUUGAUGAGAAUCAGCAUAUUGAUCUGGGGGACGGGGAUACGGUUUAAUCCUUUAAGCCCCAAUAGAGACCUUUAGAUUCCAGGACGAGUACGACUACGAGUACGAGAUUUUCUCAAUACUAAGUAGUGUACGCGCGUGAACCAGCGUCAUUUUGGCGGGAAAACGUGGUAGCCGUCGUCAUUCUACUACGAGUUUUCGCGCGAAUGUCGUGGUGGCGAAAACAAGAUAUCAAAUGUUAGAAGUUUUAUUAUUUUGCGAUCGGGAGAGCGCGUAUAACCUCCUUAACUAAAGAUAACAAUGCUAACUUUUCUAGUGAAAACUGGUAAAAUAAAGCUUUCCGUUGAGUCUAUAUUUUGAGAAUACGCGAAAAAACUUUAAGUCAAAUCUCGUACUCGUAGCCGUCCUCGUCCUCGAAUCUAAAGGUCUCCAAUAUCCACAUACAAAUUCUCCUGACUGAUCUUCAUACGUUUCCUUAAGAAUUAGUUGAGAGAACUUGUUCCAGGAUCAAAGCUUUUUCUCUUUGGUGAUCAGUUUAUUGAUCCGUUUUCUCUUAAUUGUGUAGGAUUUAAAGGGCUUAAGAUGGUAAACAUUUCUUCACAGUUUUGGCUUAAAUUUUUUAGUUAUUUUCAAAACUUACUUAGAAGUAUUAUUACUGCAUUUCCAAUUAUAUCAAAUGAGGAACGGCAAGAUUUCCGUCUCUGUUGUAUAAGUGUUCCUUAAUCUGAAUGUUCCACCGCUCGCAAUUGUUACCUUGGAAACAAAACCCUUUUAGCUUUUUAGCGUCAAAUUAAAUGAGAAUGAAAUAUAGCAAGUUAAUAGUUUCUACUUAGUCUCUAUAUCAACUGUCACGUUUGAUAAACAUUGUAUUAGUAUAUCACAUUAGAGCAUUUGUUAUCUUCUUUGUGGGUUGGGAUUAACCAAUAAGCAAUGUUCUGACUUAAAAGGUAUAUUUUAUACAUUUUGAUAAUUUAAUUUUCCAUGCCAUGGCCAGUCAAUAAAUAAUGAAAUCUCCUUUGGUCUUUUGUGACAAAAUUUAGCAACACGUAAGCGUGUUAUUCUUUUGGUUUUUGAUUUGUAUUUUACCUUACCUGAUUGAAUUUCUCCGAUCUUCACGAAUUUUAUGAAGAUUUGAAAGUAAUGUUUGUUUUUUGAAUAUUAAAUCUGUAACCCGCCUACCGAGUCUAAUUUUGAGCAAGUGCUUUUAUACAACAAUAAUUUUUCGUAAACAGCUGUCUUCUUUUUCCGUUGACGAACGAGGAGCAUACAAAUAUAUACACCAAGAACAAAGUUAAGGUAAAUGUUUUUAUGCUGCACUAUAGUUAGUAUGUAUUUUUGAAGUUGCUAACCUGCGUUUACCUUUUAAGAAAUCUUUGAUGUACUUAAUCCAGUCGAUGGUGUCUUUUUGCAUUGAUAAACCUUAUUUGUUAUUGUAUCGUUGCAUAGAUAACCUUUUUGUUUAAUUUGAAUAUAAAAUUAUAACACCGUAAGUCAAAGCUUUUAAAUUUCGUGGACAACAGUUCGAAAUUAUUUUUUUUUCUGAAAUCUUAUUCUUGUACUCUCGCUUGCUGCGUUUGGGUUAAGUUACCCAAAUUUCAACUCGCAUUGUCAUCUGUCGCAUCGAGUUUAAAUGCUACUCUUUCCCAGUUACCGAUUUCCGCGUCUGUCAUUAUAUCGCAACCUCAGUGCCACAGAAGAUUCAACCUCGCAAUAUUUACCGUGCAAUAAAAAACUUUCUUUACAACGCAGGUUUAAAACGUCAGCGAGAUGAAUUCACUACUCGACCAAGAUGAAGACGAUGAAGUACGGCUGCAAGAAGCUGAAGAAGCCGUGCGUAUUGUGAGACGAUUUAACACCGCGAGAGACAAGGACGAACGCCAGAAAAAGAUCAUCGAGUUAUGCACAGACAUUGCGGGAAUUCUCGACGCAAAAAGGAGGUAAGGCCGUUAUAUUUGACGGUAUUUUGUUUUGUCAACUCUUCUGGGGUAGAAAUUUGAUUUUUAUUUUAGCUUAAUGCCUUUGUUUUUAAGGUACCACCAGAAUCGAUUAUAAAGGCUUGUAAUGUAACUCUACUUUGUGAUUUUAUGGACGAAAUCCUAUGGUGCGACCAAAUGAAACCUCUUUAACAGAACUUUUAUACAGCAAUACUUUUUUUCUUACUUUACAAUAUGAGAAGAUAGGAUUUACUAAGGUGUUUUUAUCAAUUUUUAUUGUACGCACUCUUGAACGUGCAUCUGUUGAGUUGUAACGCUAGAAGAAAGCAGGACAGACUAAUCGAAUAUUGUCCAUUUAGAGUUGUUUGCUGAAUCAUUCGUUUGAAUAAAGCUACUGUGACAGACAUAGUAUCUCCUUGAAUACAUUAGUCAGUCAACAGUUUGUCAAGUAUUUAUUUGCACUAAAGCGGGAAGACACUUUCAACAAAUGUACCAACUAAAAAAAAGAAGACAUAAGUGUCGCUGGAUUUCGAGUGCAGUUGUUAUUGGACUCUUUCGUCUUAGAAUAAACAGUUGGUUUUGAAACAAGUGAUAGUAACUCUACACGCUUUUGCCACGGUUGAUAAAGGAGUGAUUUAAAAUUUUCGACGCGAUUUAUUGCACGUUGAUUUUCGUAUCCUGUCCUCUUUUGAUAUGUACUCCUCUUUUCUCAAGUUGCUAAAAGUUGAAAAACUGCUGGAAAUACAGAAUAAUAAAACGCGCGCUUAAAAGCAAGUAAGUGUCUAUUUGUGGCGGGAAAUUCAGAAGGAGAAAGUGGUUCUCAUUGGUUGACUUAUGUUCGUGUUUGCUGUUGCUGUCCGCUUAUUGGCUAAUUUUGUUAAGUAGUUACUUAGUAAAUUAAAUACGCCUUCAAUAACCAAUAUUUAAACUGUUACUUAUUGCGAUGCAAAUUAGAUGGGGGUGGGACUUUCUAAUAUGUUCAUCAAAACGACAAACUGGUUUUUUAAACAGUUCCUUAAGAUAGGAUCACAAAGGCACAAAAUUUAUUGUUUUCUUCAGAUGUCGCGUGGUGAAAUUUUUUUUAUUCAAGUUCCCGCUGAAUUCCAGUCUCACCCUAGUUGUAAUUGAUUUUGUGCAGUUUUAUUUUAUACUUCGUAUACAAUGAUUAUCACUUAGGUUGUUGUAUUCUUUAUAAAUUGAUCAGUUUUAUAGACGAGGCAAAAAAUUCAAAGCCGUGUUCAUUUCUUGCGUUAGCCGAUUAGCACGCUACGUGAUUUUACGUUAUUCGGUAACGUACGUAACACAUCAUCAGCAUCAUCACGAUAAACGCGUGCUACCAACAAUUUUUCCAAAAAAUCUUAUUCCAUGAUUUAGCCUAACCCUAACCCUAACCCUAACCCUAACCCCACUUCCAUGAAGUUUUUCUGCAAAAAAGUAAUUUAUUUUGUAAGAGAAGCGAAAUGCGGCAGCACUUGGGCAGCGAAAUGAACGAUUGCUUGUUUUAAACAGGGUCAGGGUUUGAAAGCCUUGGCGACAAUAGGCCUUUGGCUUUAGUUGAUCACGUGAUCAAUUUUCGGUAAACACGAAAACAGUUCGCUUUUGAAAAAUUUUGUUAGCACAAGCUGAAAGAGCACAUAAAAAUUAGGUUACCUGUAAAUUUUCAGCCGUAUCACUCAAAAUUAGCGAAUAUCAUCCCUGGGGAUUAAUUAAAGAUGUGCAAAUGAGUAUAUAUAAUAAGAAACACUGGCACGCAUUGUCCCAUUUACUUAACUUUGUCCGACACGAAGGCGCUUGGCGACCCACUCACCCUCCCCAGCGAGUAAGUCGGACCAAGUCGGGUUCCAGAUUACUAAGGGCCUGUUUACAUGGAGGUGGGGGACCCCAGGUAAGUGAGGUAACCCGCUUAGGUGGGGUAACCCGUUUGUCCAUAUAAUCUCUCAUUUUAAUUUGAUCGCGUUUACAUGAUAGGUGGGGUGAGCCGCCAUAUUUUACCUCACCUACCUGGGGUCCCCCACCUUCAUGUAAAUAGGCCCUUAACUCAUGUAUUCAAUUCAGUCUGUCUUGGGCUUGUCCCAGGUCGGAUUGACUCCCCAUACCUUAUUCAUUAUAAUGUAAUGAAUAACAAUACCCAGGGAUGAAUAUUAUACUAUUUUUCAAAGAGAAUUUGUUUAAUAAUGUUAAAAAAUUUUUGCAAAUACAAAACAAUAAAACGCGCGCUUUAAGAACAAUAGUCUUUUUGUGGCGGGAAAUUCAGAAGGAGAAAGUGGUUCUCAUUGGCGGACUUAUGGUCGUGUUUGCUGUUGUUGCCCUUUGAUUGGCUAAUUUUGUUAAGUAGUUACUUAGUAAAUGAAAUACGCCUUCAAUAACCAAUAUUUAAACUGUUACUAAUUGCGAUGCAAUUUAGAUGGGGGUGGGGGCUUUCUAAUAUGUCCAUCAAAACGACAAACUAGUUUUUUAAACAGUUCCUUAAGAUUGGAUGAUAAAAAUUUUUUAUUUUCCGAAGUUAUCGCCUAGCGAAAUUUUUACUUAUUCAAGUUCCCACUGAAUUCUAGUUUCACCCUAGCUGUAAUCGAUUUUGUGCAGUUUUAUUUUAUACUUCGUAUACAAUAAUUAUCACUUAAGUUGUCGUAUUCUUUAUAAAUUGAUCAGUUUUAUAGACGAGCCAAAAAAUUCAAAGUCGUUUUCUUCUCUUGCGGUAGCCGAUUAACACGCUACGUGAUUAUAGGUUAUUCGAAAAUGCACAGUCGAAAAUCUUUGGAAAUGUUGUUGUUCUAGCCAACAGGUGCUUUGCGAAUGCGCGUGCGCUAGUGGAGCUAUCACUUAUUUGAUAGACAGCUGUGAUCGAUGUAAACAUGAAGCCGUUUUCAUUCAAAUGAACUCUAAGUGGAAGAGAUUGUGAUGGGAAUUCGACCACUGGCGCUAAGCGGUUGCCACAGAAAAGGCAGGCUUUGUUUAUAAAGCUCUUGCGCACUGCUUGAAGACGAAAAACGUUUCCUUGGAUCUUGGUGGCUAGCAACCGAGAAUUCAUCGCUAAAUCAAGACCGCUACCUCAAUCACUUUAGGCUUGCCAAAAGCGGCUAGUUCAGCUUUUGGUAAGAAUUUAUAUUUGGCUAUUUUUUUUUUCUUGCUUCUCAUUUGUUAUUUUCAGCAGGGUUUCAUUCAGGUGUAUUCAGGUGAUCUUUUGCUUUUACAAAAAGCCUUGAUCUUGUGCUCUAAUUUUCGACUCAAAAACAUAUAAAUUUCGCUACCCUCCUUCUCUUUUAUUUCAUAUCAGUUCGUGUUUUUUCUUCAGUUAUUUUAUACUAGUACAAUUCGUGCGAUUAUCAAAUCACCCUGGGGAAAAUUUGUAAUUGUUUUCCCGUAAAUAAUACGUCUUCAUCAAAUUUGAGGCAAUAAACUGCUUCCGCUUAUACUGAAAAUUAUGUGAUAAAAAUGGUAUCGAAACGAAUAAUUCUGAGCCGAGUUUACCAAACCAAGGUACAAUUUUUUCAGGGUCUUCUCGUUUUAUUUUAUGAGGACCAAUAUUACUUAAAACAUGCAGGUCAUGAUAAUUAAAAAUUUAAUUUCUAGUUUAUGAAUUUUUCAUUUUUCAAAUUUCCUUAGAAGCGAAUUUUUCGUUUAAAUUUCAUCUUUCUUUCCUUCUUUAAUAGCACAGUAUUUGCAAAACUGUCUUAUUUUUUUUUCAUUCAAAAUUCUGGGUGAAACUCUUCAUCCGCACACGAUGUUGCCAGGUUAUUACUUAUUUAUCGUUCAUCUGUAAAUUUUUAUGUUAUUGUUCGGAAAGAGGAAGUUCCUGUAAAUUCAAAAAAGCGGAAUUUAACUGCGUUUCUUCGAAAAUGGCGUAUUGCUGUCUCUUAAUGUUGAACCCUUUAAGCCCUUUAGAAGAGUGAUCAGCAUCAAAUUUCUCGUUGUAAUAUCACUGCUUUAUAAAACAGAGUGUUCAUGAGAAUUGAGGACAUGAUCACACAAGAUGAAUCUUAUUGAUACUCCCCACUACUUCUAUUGAAAACGUAUAGGGAUAAUAAAUGAGAAUUUGAAUUUUGAUGUUAGGGUUUGAAGGGUUAAUAACUGCUUUCAAUCCGCUUAGAAAGGGUCUGGUUUUGCGCGAAAAUAAUAAAAAAGCCAAGGAUUAUUUUCUUAAAAAAAUGGAAAAAAAAAACCUAAAACGUGUUUAACAGAUUUUCAGAUAGUUAUGAAACGUUGUUUUUUGGAAUUUUUAAUUAUGAACUAUUAGAGUUUUGACGGUAUUUUAAACCACUCUUGAUAAACCAACGUUUACAGGGUAACACGAUGAUGCGCGUGUUUGAGAUUAUAACACGCAAAAAUUAAAUACCUAUUUGAUUUGUUUAUAAUGGAGUGUCUCAAAGACUAAGGGCCCGUUUACAUGGAGGUGGGGGACCCCAGGUAGGUGAGGUAACCCGCUUAGGUGGGGUAACCCGCCUGUCCAUAUAAUCUCUCAUUUCAAUUUGAUCACGUUUACAUGAUAGGUGGGGUGACCCGCCGCAUGUUACCCCACCUAUCUGGGGUCUCCCACCUCCAUAUAAACAGGCCCUAAAGUACUGUGUUUUUGCUUGCCUAGUCCCUAGGGAUCUAUGCGUUUCGGGACACGUGGUUCGAGCGCCAGGGUUCGUCCCGGACACGUCACCGAAAUGCAUUGACCGAGAAGACCUGGGAAGACACCGUACAGGGACUAGGAAAAGUUUUAGUCAGUCACAGUAGACUCCAGUAUAACACAAACCAAUCAGAUUAUAAAACAAAUGAAGUAUCAUGAGCCGACGCCCGGCGUGAAAAACGAGUGUACCGUGGCAACCGAACGUUGAAACUCCUUAUCUCUCAUUAACUGUUGCAGACUUGAAGAUCUUGUUAAGAAACAAAGCGCCGAGCUCCAGGAACUUCGCCAACGAAUCCAUUCAGGCAACACCACCUCAACAUCAGGAAGAGGCUCGUUGACUCCUGAGAGCUGUCAGGAAUCCACCGCGCAAGUUUCUUCCGCUUCCUCCCCUGAACGGGCUACAGCGUUUUGUCACAGGGGUACUGAUCCACUGUAUGAAUGGCCAGAAAGGCCGUCGACUUGUACCCGGUCUACUAGCCCGUUGUUUUUCUCCGUUUCAAGCAUGAAUUCACAUGAGGAGUCGCACGAAAGUUUAUUAGCCAACCAGGAAUUGGCAGAAAAGGACAAUGAUACUUUGAAAGAUGACGUGGUGAGAGAGACGACUACUGUAAAUUGCCGUUUAGGCUUAUACAUCCUCGUAAGGGACUUUAAGAGGGCCUAUAAACGGGGAGUCUUAUAUCCGAGGGGACUUAUAACCGGGAUAAAAAAGCACCUCGCAACAAGCUAUUUCAGUGCUGAUCAAAAUACGUUCUGCAUUUACUGGUUUUAAUUUAAGCUUCAAAACGUCAUAAUAAGUCGAACUCAGUUGGGGGCUCGUCAUUGGAGCAAAAGGGGGGACUUAUAUCCGGGAUGUCCAGUGGCGGAUCCAGGGGGGGUUCCGGGGGGUCCGGACCCCCCUAUCAGACCUGACGCUUGUUUGAGACUGAAAUUCUUACAUCGACAUGAUCGUAUAUCACUUUUAACUGGCUGAUUUUUUUAAUGAAACACGCGUUGCAUUUUGCCACUAAACUAAAUUCCAGGGAUAUUCAAAACUGUAAUUGUUUUUGGGUACCCUCUUAUGAUCUGUUCGCCUUUGCUCGCAAAGCAGUAUUUUCCGCGGGCAACGGCGACCGGCGUUCACAGAUUGAGAAACACGUGGCCGUCUCUGUGAGAAAUAAUUUGCCACUAAAAAGUUCAACGGUCCUUUCUGAACCAAAGUUUGGAUCCCCCCCCCCCCAAUCAAAAAUUCCUGGAUCCGCCCUUGGGGCUUAUGAUGGAAUGUAGUUUUUCGUUUUCAGGUAGAUGGGCGGGUCUAUUACUGGGGGUGUGGGGUGAGCGACAGUUACGGUAUUGAGGAUUCUGAGAAACUGACUAUUUACCCCUCUCCCUAAGCCAACAUUUUGCCCUAAGUGAGUAGUAAGUGUUAACGUUGUCUUAAGGGAGGGGUAGGUGGGCAGUUUCCCAGAACCUAAAUUGAUCAACUUUUAAAGUGACGUAUAGAAACACGGAACUGACCUUAAGAGUCACUGCUUUCAGUGAAUGGAUAUUUGUAAAUUAUCCGUAGCCAUACCGUAAAAUUCCGAAAAUAAGCCCCGUGGCUUAUAUUUUUCAAAGGCCCUUUUUGAGGGGCUUAUCUACGGAGGGAAGUUUGUGUUUCAAAAUCGAUUUGGCUAGCCUUAUAGUUGGAAAGAAAUUUAACGUUUUCGCUUUGUUUUACUUUGUAUUUCAGGGCAAGUGCAAACCCCCCCUGGGGGGGGGGGUUAACGGAGGGUUUUUUGCGUUACGAGUUUGGGGGGCUUAUAUUUGGAGGGGCUUAUACAUGGAGGGGCUUAUUUUCGGAAUUUUACGGUAUCUGUAGACACGGGUAGAUUGCCUCUUACCACGAAGAAACGGCUUGGCUAUUGCAUUGCAUUACGGGGUUCAUGCCUUAUGCACAUAUUAUGGCAGACAUGGUCGGGUGCGAACAUGUUCCCCUACCCUGUAGGCGGAACGGUGUAUCUCAUGGUUUCUGGAACUAUUAAAAUGACAGGGAACGAAUUCUAACAAAAUGAAAGAGCAGAGAUGAAGGUUAACAGAAGCCCAUAGAGUGUUUUCACAUGACAUCAGGGCGGCCAUAUUAGUGCUCUAAACCAAUCCUGUGGGAAUUGAACUCUUUUUUUCUGUAAACGGUUUUUUUUGUCCGAAUAAAUUUGCAUGGAUUUUGGCCUCGUGAGUGAAAACACUCUAUAACAAUUCGAUAUAUUAUCACCUUUUCAAGAAAUACUUUUACCAAAAUACAUAUAUCAUCAGUUUUAUGCCUCGGCAAUGUCAAAAUGUCGGGCAGCAAGUUAUUAUAAACCUACUCUUGAAGUAUAACGUUAGCAACAUUCACUUCUUCACUUAAAGGAUAAAUCAGGAACGGAAGAUGAUAACCAAUUAGAUGAAGAAAACAACUUGGAUGAUGAUAGGAACCAACGAAAAGCGAGAUAUGGUGGUGAUGAAUCGGAAGAAAACGAAGGCGAUCGAACACAAACCGAACACAAGAAACACGACCGGGAAAAUAGAAAAAGGUGAUCCAAAUUUAUUCUCCCCACUCAUGUAUAAUAGGAAUUGUUGAAUACCCUUAAAAACUUGAGAUUCCCGCUUUGUAAUGUUAUUUCCACAGAUGAUCCAUUGUGUUAGUUCACUUAAAGAUAUGUGAUAUUUGCUGAUGAUUAUGAUGUCAGAUGACGUCCUUAGUUUUGCAGAACCACUAACUUGGUUAAAAAAAUGUCGACGUUAACCAUUCGAUGUAAAUUUUUACCGUAAAAUAGUUGUGGCAUUCAUAGGUUUAACGUUUGUUUUUUUAGUGCAUCACAGCAGAAAAGUUCCCGCACAAAGAUCUCUUCGCAGACCGCUAGGACCGGCAGAAGGUCGGAAACAAGCUCUAAGAAGACAGAUAGAAAGCGAGCCCCAGUGGUACGAGACUCCUCGCCAAGAAAGACCGCUGGGCAAAAACCGGCCCAAAAGUCAUCACGAGAAAAAACGUAUGAGACGCUUUGGAAAAAUAACCAGUUAAACCUGUUUAACGGGAGGUAAGUAAAUUCAAGCAGAGAAAAGUGUAAAGCUAUUUGCAGCCAUGUCUAAAUCAUCAACAAAAAAGAAAGAUAGUCCUUGCAUUAGAGUUAUGUUGACUUUUCUCUGUCAUAUGUUAUCGUUUCCUAAAAUCAUUUCUUUUUACAUCUUAAGCGCAAAAGAGCGAAGGAACAAUGCAAGGAAUAAAGCAAAAGAAAAAACCGCUUCUGGGUAAGGUUCUUCUCUCAGUUGCAUCAUUAUCAACGUAAGCCGUUCUUCAAGAAAACGUACUCGUAUUUUCUUAACUUUCCUUUAAUUUUCCUUUCCAGAAAUAAAUCCGAAGCGACGCGUCUAAGCGGCUCUAACAAGAAUGCCAGUGACAGGCGUUUGAGUGACACGUCGAUGAGUAGUUCAGAAAGCGAAAAAGACGAAGAACUGACAAGAAAGGUAAGACUGGAAUGUUAAGAGGACACUGUCUUACCAAAAUAUUGUCAUUUCGAAAUGGAAGAUUUGGUCCAAAGAUUCAAAAAAUCAAUACUACGUUUUGUCCCUAUGAUUGAUAUCAGGCGCUGAGCGUGUACAUUCUUCUUCUCACCGAAAAACUGACCAAAGCCGGCGUUUAGUGUAACUUACACUUCUGGAAUGUUAAGCUUAUUUGUUGUGUCUUGAUAACAUAGCAAAUGUCGGUAUUACCAUGUUUUCUCCUUUUUGAAGGUUAACCUCGAGCUUACUUCAGAGUACUGGGAAAUUCACAAACUAAUCAGAUUUUUGAAGGUGAGUGAGUGUAGAAAUUGGCAGAGUUAAAAUUGAACAUACACUGAACAAACGUUGCAAUUUAUCAUAUUAUACUAGACACAUUUUCUUUAUUUUAGUAACUUUCUGUUACCUCUUUUUGACUGUCUUCUCUUAUUUAGCGUCUUGGCCACGUGCGAUGCCGAUGACAUGCGUUUCUCACCAUAGACACCUUUUCCCACGUUUUGCACCGGCGGCCAAAUUUCUCGGCGUCAAAUUUUUCAGCGACACAUUUCCCGCGUUUGUUGUCACCAGCCGCCAAUUUCCCCGCAAUUUAGGCACCAGCGACACGUUUUCCCACGUUAAACAUCAGCGAAAAGUUUUCCCACCUCUUUGCGCUAAUAAAUGAAUCAACCCGUUGGUAAUUUGCGUAUCUUUAGUUUGGUUGGAUUUUUUGAGUUUGUGAAUUCAUUCGAAGCUCUCCACAACGGCCACCUUUGGUGCAAAAAAAGUUUCCUUUGUAGAGAGGUGGUUGUCAUAGCCUGCGCACACGAAAAAAACGGGAGCGCGCGAAGGAGACACGCACGACACGACAGGACACGACACCUCUCUCGUGUCUCCCUCGUGCGCGCCCGUUCUCUCUUUCGCCCACUACUUCCAAGCGCCUGCUACGCAGGCUAUGGUUGUCAGUGAAAGUCCGACUUGGCUCAGUUGUUCGAACGCCAGUUAGGGCUAACUCAGGGUUAAAUUUUAACCCAGGCUUCUUUUUCUUUUCUAACCUGUGAACCUCGCGAUUUUUUCACCCUUUCCCCAAACAGAGAGUCUGUUCACAGGCUGUUUCUUUUCAUCAAAAGCACUCUCUCGGAUAAUUUUCUAUAUUCUUUUUAGAGUAUCCAAUCAUCAAAUUAUAGGCAAAGAGAAUUAAAUUGAAUUUGUUUUUUAAGCUCUCAUCUCUGAGUUCAAAUUUCGCACUUACCCUGGGUUAUCUUAACCCUGCUUCGAGCAACCCGGCCCAGCUGUAGGUUAUCUAACGGCAGAAUCAUUUCCUAGGUUAGCAACCCUACCGCUACUGUCAUCUGCCUUUGUGUUCUGCGGGAUGUCGGCCUUGAGCUGGAGACGAAUCAGUUGGCGAUAAUGGAGCUGGGAGGAAUAAGCAUUCUUCUUAAUAUUCUCAAGACGGAUCAUUGGCGCUGCGUAGUAAGUAGCGCAGUUACCUGUUCUUCGCGGGACGCCAUGGGUUAAUGUCGCGGUUCAAAGCAUAUGCCACAUGUCGCGGGCAAAAAGCGCUUCCCAGGUCUUGGUAAUAACCACAGUCAGUAGAGGGGACUAACUAUAUAAUAACUAAAAGUUACCGAGUGCGGGCGACAACAGUCGACGGUCAAAACGCUCUUGCUCCAAUGCUCCAACGUAAGUUUCAAGUGAUAGAUGGUCAAAUGCACGUGAUAAGAUUACGAGUGAUAGAAGGUCCAAAGUCCAAAUGCGCGUGAUCAGAUUGCGUUCUGUGCAUUACAUUCAUUCCUAGUGGAAGUCUAAGGAAAUAGUGGCUUCAUAAGCGCGCUCAUGCGUAAUAGCAACCUGGAGGUUAGGAUUGCGGGCUCCUCUUGUCGCUUGCAACUAGACUAUGAACAAUCAAUUCGAGUCGAGUUGGACUUGGAAUGUGGGAAGGAGUGUCAUGAGUAUGACAAGUGCUUAUGUUGUCGGUUACCAGUACCAAAACACCUUUUUUACUUCAUUUUUUUUCUAGAACUACUUCUCGGGAACCGUGAGAAUUUCUUGUAUCGCGCCUGCAAUCAACGACUUAUGGGGAAAUUUAGUUCUGUUUCCAGGGUUAUCGGACAUUACCCUAACCCAAGAAACGAUCAUUGUUGUGAUCAAUUUGUUUAUAUAUAUAUAUUUUUAUAGGUUGCCUCUCUUAGAAUCCUGAAGAUUAUAACGAAAACAAAGAGGAUAAACAUGGAAAUUUAUCGCCUGGGAGGUAGUUAUAUGAUAUUAAACGAUAUCAUUUAGUAUGGUGUAAAAAGGCUGAAGUAAUUGCAUGCAGUGAGGUAAUUUCAUUUCAAAUAUUUUGAGUGCAAGGACUAAUUGGUGGUCGCAUUAAUUUGUUUAGUUGCGGCUUGUGAAUUCUGUAUGCGUAAGUAGUGCAAAGUCGCAUAUGUACAACGCGAGACUAACAAUAAGCACUUUGAGUUAACACCGCAAUUUUCACCUUAACUAGAAUUCACUUGCCACCACUUGUGUCACCACGCCAUAAAAUGGGGAUUAUCCUUUGGGUGUUAAUUCACGUUGCUUUUCUCUGGAAACCAGACCUUGUUAUUUUUUUUCUCUCUUGUGUACAGGCAUCCAGCAGCUAAUAGAUUGUCUUCAAAGCCACGUGAAAGAAAUCCAAGCCCUCGCCGCCGAAACGCUUAGUCAAAUUAUCACAUUUCGAUUGGCUUAUAAUGCCGUUAGGCGAGGAGGAGGAAUCAAGCGGUUGGUAAGAAAACGUCGUUAUUGCCUUGGUUUUGUUCGUUUUUAGCCUUUUGAUUGGUUAAUAUUUCUCACGCCACUGUGUCAACCAAUCAGGAUUCACCUCGGCUUUAAGCCAGUCGUGACUUGGUGACACACAUUUUCCCGCCCUCGGCACCAGUUACAUGGCUUUAUGUACUCAUUUUUCUGAUUGGUUCAUUAGAUCAAUUGUCUGUGCAAUCAGCUUUAAUACACUACAGAAAAAGUCGCUCUUACAUAAUUCACUUGUAAUUCCACAGAUAAAUCAUAACUGUUUCUAAGGAGUCACUGGUAAUCACGCUAGUACACUUGCUGUUUAGUUACUUAGUUAAAUGUUAGCUAAGUUUUGAAAUCUCUUUAUUUUUACGUCGUUAAACUUCUCUCAGGUUAACAUCAUUCAGCCUGGUAACAAACGACGCCAUAAAAACCCUCCUAAAGGCGAAGACGACUUCAGGCUGACUCACCAUACGUGUAUGGCGUUAUGGAGCUGUAGCAGAUGCCGGAAAAACAUCCAGGCUAUCCGCGCUGCUGGCGCAUUACCGAUACUCGCUUCCUUAUUGGUUAGUGGACAAGAUGACGUCAUUUUACCCGCGAUGGGAAUCAUUCAAGAAUGCGCGACCGAGGUACGUAAGGCAUCAGCAAGUCUGGGCUGAAUUGAUGGGAGAUCACUGCAGAUUCAGGAUCAAUUUCCAUUAAAAAUUAACCCUGGGUUAUAGUUAACCGGGCUUCUAGUCUCGUAGUGGCUCACAACCUCUUUGGCUUUUUCAAGUUUUUAUUACAAAAAGCAACUUUGAUAAAAAUCUCUGAACAGUAGCCGGGAAAAGGAUGUAAAAGGAAAAUCGAUGAGUAAAAAAAAAAACGGGCCGAAUUUAUUAUUCGGGUAUUUUUAUCAUGGUCCUGAAACAUUAUUUGCUGUCAACGACCGACAUAUCCAACAAUGUGAUUAUCGCUGCAGAAUCAUCUUUUUGUCGACAUCAUGAAGUUUUUCGUUCCCUCAAUGAUUACUCCUUAGUUACGUGUUUUCGUACCUUUAAGUAAUCUUAUAUAUUAAGAGAUAAUUGAGUGUUAUGGUCGGUAUUUUUGGCAGCCUGUUUUUCGGGAGGAUAUCCGCAGGGAGGGGAUAGUGGAGACAAUUGUCAAGCACCUCAAGGGAGGAGAUGUGUCUCUCAGAACACUUUGUGCGACUGCUCUGUUUAAGGUACGCGACAAUAUCCUUUAUUUCAAAAACCUCGCUAAGUGUGAGACGUUCCUGAAUGUGCUUAACUCAAUCUUGAUUAGUUUUUUCAAUUUUACCAACUGUUUUGAGUAGGUCUGGUUUGCAUUAAAUUCAAAAAAUAACAUAGAGAGCUUACUUUUCCAUUAAUGAACUGCCAAACCUGUUUAACUUGUUGUUUUAUUCGUUACACAGUGCGCUGAAGAUGACGACACACGGGAGAUUAUUUCUCGUCAUGGUGGACUGGAACUUCUCGUCCAGCUAAUGGCGUCCAGGUCAUCUGAAAAGCAGCUUCUCGCGGCUACGGUUGGAGCUAUGUGGAAGUGUUCCUUGAACAAAAACAAUGUUAAAAGGUAGAGGAACAACGACUCUGUGUUGUUACUGUAAGCGCCAGGAAUGUUACGCCUUGAAAAGUGUUUUUAAAAAAAAUUGUGUGUGCGCCUGUUUUGUAGCUAUGUUAGUGUUCAAGCCUUUAGUGCAGUUUGGGUUCAUUUGACGGUUAUUGUUCGUGUAUUUUUAGUUUUUUUUUCACGUAUUGUAUACUUUUAGGCGUUUUUGCGAUUACAGUUGCCUUGUAAUGGUCACAGUUUGUACCUAGAGACAGAUGUACAUCAAACUCUAGUUGUAGAGUUUUAAAAAGUAUUUUCAAAACUCAGUUGUGUUUGCUUCGAACUCUAACAGACUCAGUCCACGAUCUUACUGGAAAGCCGAGUAACAUGGUAACUGACCCAACUUCUUUUUCUUAUGGAGCUUAAUUUUAAGGGACAUUCUGAGUAAUAAAGAUUGCCUCUUUUGCAUUUCAGGCUUGAACAGUUUGGCGCUGUGAAAUCAUUAAUCUUGCUGUUAAAAACUCCAGAUCAAUCACAUGAGGUACGUUAGGUCACCGGGGAUAGAGCUAAUUAAACAUCAUAAUAUUGAUGGAGUAUUUAUGAAGCUUAGGUAUUAGUUGAAUAAAAUGAUUGAGGCAAAAUCUGUUAGGCUUACAACCCUUGGGCUUCGCACUAGUUUGAUUUAAGCUGCGAUAAAGCAGGAUUGAUAUUUAGAUGUUCAAUGCCAUGCUUAGUGCGCAUGUGUAGCGAUCGCAGUAACAAUUGCGGUGUUCCAGUCCCCUCUCGUUUCCUAUGUGGCGAAUGGCCAAUGUCGUAAUUGAUUGAAAAGCUAUAAUCCCGGCGAACUCUUCGGGCGCUCCCGGACCUAUUUGAAAGAUUGUUUUUGAUUAGCUGCGAAAACAAUAGGCAUUGUCACAUAACAAUGACCCUAUCCCUGAAAACAAUGGAGGUGCAGAUUGAAAGGGACCAGUGAAAUAAGAGGUUUGGAACGGUGCAGGUCUUCUGAACCCUUCGUGUGUUUGACGAUACUCUUGUAAUUUAAGGCUGAUGAUGGUUACCAUUUUUCCAGGUUCUAGCCAACACCUUUGGUGCUUUACAUGAGUUUGCACAGUACAGCAAGCGAACUCUCCUCUCCAUCAGGGAUGAGAAAGUUAUUCCUGUUGUUGUUCGAGCGCUGACAAUCACGGAAAAUGCUCUUCUCAUCAAUGCCACUAGACUUUUAGCCGUCUGCGCUAAAGAACCAAUAUGCAGAAGGUUAGUUUUUAGAUCAAUAUCCAUGUUCUCCACACUGCUCUACAUACAUUCCACAUGGUCUUGGCUAGGAGACUUUGAAAGUCGACCCAGUCUCUUUCUCGUUUUCAAAGUGACGAAUUAGGAUCCGUAUUCUACACUCCAGAAACUUUGGGGAGACUGGAAAAGAGCUUUCAGCCCAAAGAGUUGUGGGGAUCGUUUAUUAACCAAUAUGAGCUAAUAAGCUCUUAAGUCGUCAACCAUUUAAAAUUGACGCUGUUUACACAAGCGGGUGAACUUAGAAAUUUUACAGUACGGAGAAUGCCCUCAGUCUAUUUGCAGUAAGUCGCCCUCUUGAAGGGACAGUUUCGUUGCAGAUGACUCGUUUUUUUGUUACAGCUUGACCAGUUAUAUGCGGCUAACACCAAGUCGCCUGGAGAUAGUGUGUAUUUAGUUUUUUUAUUUUUAUUACUAUUUUCUUUUAUAGUUCGGUGCUGAGUACAGAUGGAUUAAGACUUCUUUGGUCUUUGUUGAAAUUUCCCGAACCAGAGGUAUGAAAAGGAUUUUAAAGCAUUCACUAUUAUCAUCAUUACCUGAUCGACGUCAUAUCCAACGCCAUUACUAUAAUCCAUUAUCAUCAUCAUCAUCAUCAUCAUCAUCAUCAUCAUCAUCAUCAUCAUCAUCAUCAUCGUCGUCGUCGUCGUCGUCGUCGUCGAUGUCGUCAUCAUUAUCGUCGUCAUUAUCGUCAUCAUCAUCGUCAUCAUCGUCAUCAUCAUCCCCGUCAUCAUUCGCGUUAUUUAUAUCAUUAUUGUCGUAGUGAUCAUCAUCAUCACGGACAUCAUCACUAUCAUCAUCACGUGAUUAUCAUUAGUGCCUUGAUUUAAGCAUCAUUUUUAUGUACUAUCACCAUCAUCAUUUUCAUUAAUAUCAUGGCCAUCGUCAUCAAUGUCACUAGCGAUGACAUCUUGGCUAUUUUCAUCCACACAUUUAUCUUUAUUAGUGCUUUUAUCUUCGUUCUAACACGUUAUAUUGUAGGUUGUCGCUGGAGCCGCUGAAGCCAUUGGUGAGUGUGUUGUGGACGUAGAGGUAAGAAAAGUUUUUUCAUGAAAUUAAGUUAGUGAGUGCGUUUGCUUGUAAUGUCCUAUUGAACUCAAAUAAUAACUAUGAUGGUUAAAAUUCAUUCUGAUUUUUUUUCGCGCCGCCGGACACUAUCUAAGGGCCUGAAAUAGGCUGAGACUUGUUGCUUUUAAUUUAUCCUUCCAGGAGUCUGCUGAUGUGGUACGAUCAUUUGUUGGAGGUCUGGAACUGAUUACCAGUCUUCUUCGGUCUGAUAACAAGCAGGUCAGUCGACAUCACCUGACCUUUUGUAAACAAUGGAGUCUAUCAGACUUUAGUAAAAUCCAACUAAUGGUCUAUUAUCGAGGCUGCGUUCUGAUUGGUUGAGCUACUACUAGGCUAUAUGUUAUAGCCCACUAGUAGCGAAAAGCGUCGGCUUUGAAAACCAAAACAAUGGCGGCGGAAUCUCGUUUUGCCAGCUAAAGUUGUUUUGUCUCGAUAUUUUUACCAACUAGUUGGAUUUUACUAAAAUAAUUAUUCCUCUCGCCCUCUUGGCCUCUGAGUCAGUAGCCUAUUCGGCCGACUCAGAGCCCAUUCGGGCUCGAGGAACAAUUGUUAAAUAAACUACUUAUACAAGCAUUGGAAACAGUUUAUUGAAGCCUAGAGUGGGAGAACACUUCGCCAAAGGAACGAGGCCGAGCGGUUAAAGCGCUGGACUGGUAAUUCGGAAUCCCCGAGUUCAAGUCCCGCUCUGACCGCUAGCUGAAUUUGUUUUCGGUAGUUUCCAGUUCAAAUCCUCGACCACGCUUGUAAAAUAGCCAACUGGUUUGUCUCCUACCAGUUGAGUGGGAUUCUUAAAAAUCUUAUGUUCCAUUAUCCCUGAAAAGCCCCAUAACGGGAGAGAAUAAUAUUAAAGUAUUAUUAUUAUUAUUAUUAUUAUUAUUAUUAAGAAAAUAAUUAGAAUCUUUAUUACAAAACCUCAAUUAAAAUCCUAUUUACAAUCAACCUGCUUUUACAAAAAAUCUAAUUAAUUCAUCAAAACACUAUUCAUUUACAAAUUCUAAAAAAUGGAAGUAACUUAACCUUACAUAAAAGAAGAGGAAAUAGAUAUAAUUAAUAAUAAAAUUAUUAUUAUUAUUAUUAUUAUUAUUAUUGUUGUUUUAAGUAACGGCUUGGAAAUGAGUUUUCAAGCAGUUUGCUUGAGUGGUCCGAAACUGAGCACGGGAAAACUUUUUCACGGCUCUUCCAGUGGCUGCAACGGCAAGAAUAUCCAUCGUAAUAUAAUAUACCUGCGUGCGAGAAAUUCCGCCAGCUACUAGGUCAAACAAAAUGUUUUUCGUAAUGUUUUGUAUACAGGUGCUGAUAUGUGCUAAUAAAGCAAUAACCAACAUCGGCAAAGACAGAGAGAACCUCUCUAUCCUGACUGACUAUGAGGUGGUACCGCUGCUUAUUGACCUGGUCAAUACGGUAAUACGACCGAAUGAAUUACCUCUUAUCUGGCUUAACAUUAGACAUCACAAUCUUAUUCCUCGAUCGUGUGCGGCUCAUUACUGCGCAUGUCACGAUGGUAUGCCGUGCCGUACCUUAAGCGUGCCCCAUUGAUAAGCUGCUGAAGGCUAUUAUAUACUAACUGUUGAACAUAAGUAGAAUUACUUUAGUUCUAGACUUUCUAAAGAAGGAAGAAAACAAAGUCCAUACUUGGCCAGUUUAAUUUUAUUUCUUUCAACGUACAUUGUCAUAUUAAUUCCUUCCUUUGGAGAGUUAUUUGACAUUGUCCUGAACCUUGAAAAUGUAUCUUAGCCUAUUCUGCGAAUUUUAUGACAAAAGUAGUGUGCACCUUGAAAAACGUGCGGUGAAGGCUAGUUAGCUUAUCUUUUCUUCAACAAGCAACUGAGUAUCGGAUCACCGCUUAUCUUUUUAUGUCGGUUUUUACUUUUUUCACCCCUACGUACCAAUUUAGUUUUAAUAGAAAUGGUGUCCUUGUUGUAGAGAUUUUUUGUAGCAAAGAGUGGGCAUCGUAAGAUUUUAUGACAAGAUAGCGUGGAUCUUGAAAAAUCUCUAUUUUUUCUUAUGCGUAGGAAGAUGAAGAGCUAAAGCGAUGGGUCGCGGAGGCAAUUGCAACGUAAGCCAAUCUUUCUUGUAUUUAUAAAUAAGUUAUGCAGUCGUUAUAUGCUCGUUUUCAUCUUUUAAACGAAAUAUGUAACAACUCUAAUUUAGGUGCAGUGGACUGGAAAAGAACAUCAAGUCAUUCUCACCAGUGGUCGUUCCCCUGGCGGAGAGCCUCAAACGUUCCUCUGACGUGGCCGUCAAACGAGCGGUCGCCUGGGCGCUAGAAAAACUAUCACGUGACCAGUACAACUGUUACUUGAUUCACCAGCAUGAUUCUCUGAAGGUAACGUGACUUGCAAUCGCUAAGAUCAACUUCGCCAAAGUAACUCUCACCAUUGUUUAAUCUUCUUUGCACAAAUGAAUAUCUGCGGAACAAAUUUCAGUGAAGAUAUGAUCGUCGCAGUGGUAAUUGCAAUUAAAGCAAUUGCAAAUUAACCCGAAAAAAAUUAGUGUAGUGUUACUAGUGAAGAGAAUUCGUUUCAUAAUCAAAGUAGUCUACCUCAAUGAUAUUUCCUUUAUUCUUAUGACCAUCAAGUUUAAUCAGUGGGAUUAUCAGGAGAAAUUAGAUGCUGAUCACGAAAAGGUUUAAAGGGUGCGACUUUUGGCUAAUAGAGUCAAUGCGCAUGCCCAGUAAGGCCGGAAGACAAAAAGGCUAGUCAUGACGCCUAAGCCCCUUGUGGAUAAGCACAACGCUGAGUCCGGAAACAGGAAGCUAAAAUACGAAAAAAAAAGUUUGAGGUUAACUAGCUGUGACGUUAAACUUCUAUAACGGGACGUAGUUUAAAAGAAAUUGGACAUGAUGAUUGCAACACAAAGCUGUUAUACACUGUAGUUUAAGUGAUUUUUUAAAAUUUUUUUCUCUCUUUUUUCCAACAGACGUUAUUGACAUUAACAGGAUCGACGGAUGAGCGAGUCCAAGAGGCAGCGGCAGCCUGCAUAAAAAACAUGCGCGUAAACACAAUGAACAUGCUUUCAAGAUAG